CUAUUACUCCCCAAAAGGACUCCCGCGGGGUCACUUUCCCGUUGUGUUUUCUGCCACAAACCUCAACAAAACAACAGAUACCUGCGGUUGUCCUCAAAUCAUCGUACGAACCCACCAUGUGUCCGAUCAUCGAAUGGCUCGACCCUAUCCCACCAUACGUAUUGAUUCCGAUGUUUGCUUUGCAUCAUCUCCGUCAUCCCAAGGACAACAUGUACAUGUAUCGUUCAACGGAAAACACCCAGUCCACUUGCAACGAAGAUUACGACGACGAAUCUGCUGUUUCCGCGGAGUUUGAGCUUGUUGGGCAGGGAUGGAAUGAACUUGCCGACGGAGAAUCUACGGUUUCCCAGCUUCAAGUGCAGGAAGGUCCACUUUGGUGUUGCCAUUGGACAUUAAACAUUAUUUUGCGGUUGGCCGAGUUUCUCUUCCUCUUCCCCUGCAACAGACAGUAUCGAGAUGACCUCUUUGAGAGUUCCAAUUGCUACAUCAAGCCGGUGCUCCAAUUCGCCUACCUUUUCUACGUGAAGCUUGCGUUGUUAGGAGGACCCUUUCUUCUCUUCAGUAUUAUUUACUUCUGGAACAAUAUCAAGCCUGUGGACGAGUUGGUCUAUUUGCUCCUUCCUAUCUACCAAACGAUGAUUGUUGUGCUUCCCUGUGUCGCGACAAUCCGCUACGUCUGUCACACAUAUUUCCCGUGGGCUCGUGCUGCAAUUAUGAUUGUCGGCUUCUUUGCGUACUUCCUUGUUGUGGACUAUUGCACAUACAUGGCCGGACUGUGGGUUCACAGCCCUUGCGCAAACUUUUUGAUUGUUUUGUUUAUUGUUGUUCUUCCUAUCGGUGCUGUUUGUCUCCAUCUUGAGGUAACGCGGCUUGAAAACUCCAGGAUCACUACCCCAAUCAUACUGAUUUAUGCUCUUUCAAUGGUUGUUCUGAGCUUUUGGUCCUUUUGGGUCAAAAAGGCGAACAACGACUUCGAGAAAAUCGGAACCUCGAUUGUCUUUGCAUUGUUACAUUUCUUCCUGAAGAACGCGCUCCUUGUUCGAAAAACCAAAGAUGAAGUAUCCGGGAAAUUCUUGCACUUGCUUUGGGCCGCUGACAUCAUCUUCAGUCGGCAACAAGUGGCAACGAUCCCUUUUAUCGUUGGCGGAAGAGCUUUCGGGACCACGUUGUGCUUCGAGAUGCUUGGUUUGGUAUGGCGGUGUCUCCCCCCAGAACGAGUUAUGCUGCUUGUUGAUCGAAUGAUAGGCUACAACGGCCGAGUGCGAUAUGUUCUGCGAAGCCGGUUCGGGCGCAAACCGUGUGCCAUAGUAUGUGGCGUCUUAGGCUCCAGCACGAAAGACAUUCUGAAGAUGACUGCCAUCACGAAGCCAGAUGCAGCGACUCGACGCCGUGGAUACUUGGAGCGAGCACUGUUUCACUAUAUGGAUGCGAUCGCGACCCUGAUCAUCAAGAUGAUUGUGCGGCUGAACCAAGUCUUUGCCUUCUUUAUCAUGCGUAACCGCUGGGCGAGGGAACACGUUGAUCAGGUGUUUAACAUUGACGACAGCAGCUGGGUAGAGUCUUGGAAACCCACAUUGCUGCUGGUUGGAGUUGAUGCUGUUGCAAUCUUGAUUGCCUGGUACGCGAUGAUACGUCCAGUUGUUCACGCGGAGCACGACGAUGUGACGCUUCCGAAGAUCCUAUACUAUAUCCUGCGCCAUGAGUUUUGGUUCCUUUUCUGGUUCUUUCUCGCUACGGGGACACAGUCCGUUGCAUCCAUGGUGGUUCAGUUUGCUGUCCCGACGCCAUCCGAUCCAUGACAUGCAUUCUCGUUCAACAACUGGGACUUGGACUAGCGUAGCAUCGGCGGUACCAGCACCACAUUAGAGAGCCCGCAAUCAGAAACAACUUCAUAUGAACCUCCAUUCUCCUUUGAUGUCGUAUAGUAAACGACAUCAUGGUAAGGGACAGAAAGCAGUAAACUAAUCAAACUGACCUAAUGGGAACUGGUUUCGGACUUCGCCGUUCAUUCUCUUGGUGUAUUAUGUACAGUAGAGUCUUGGGGCCUUCGCAUGGUUCGACCCAAGGCCAUCGCGCAGACCUG